UAGAGGAGGGGAGAAGGGGGAGGAGAAGAAGAGGGGGUACUGUUGUCAUCCGUCAGGGCAGUGUGUCGAGCUUUUGUCCAGGAGAAAUGGCCGGGAUCAAAGCUCUCAUCAGCCUCUCCUUCGGAGGGGCCAUCGGCCUCAUGUUCCUCAUGCUUGGAUGUGCCCUACCAGUAUAUGACAAAUACUGGCCUUUGUUCCUCCUCUUCUUCUACAUCCUCUCGCCCAUCCCUUACUGCAUCUCGCGGCGGGUGGUUGAUGACACAGACUCUGCCAGCAACGCCUGCAAAGAGCUGGCCAUCUUCCUCACGACGGGCAUCGUCAUCUCAGCCUUUGGCCUGCCCAUCGUCUUUGCUAGAGCUGAAGUGAUCGCCUGGGGGGCGUGCGCACUCGUGUUAACAGGUAAUGUAGUCAUCUUCGGGACCAUCCUGGGCUUCUUCCUGGUCUUCGGCUCCAACGACGACUUCAGUUGGCAGCAGUGGUAAAACGGCCAAAUGAAGGAUAGCAGCAGGGGAAGGGGGGACCUUAGUCUGAACUGUUUUUAUUAUUAUUAUUAUUAUUAUUAUUAUUAUUAUUAUUAUUAUUAUUAUUAUUAUUAUUAUUAUUAUAGUAUUACUGUUUGGUUGUUGUUGCCCAUCCAUAGACUUACACCAGACCAGUGCAAUACUUUGUUGUUGUUUUUUUUAAUCGCCUGCUUUAUGUUGAACUGACACAAGAAAGAUGGAAAAUGCUGACUUGUACUGAUUUUAUUUUUUAAAUUUUGUUUUAGGUUUUGUUCUCUGACUUUUGUACUGUGAGAUUUCUCCUUGUCGUUAUUUGACCUAAUGCUUGAGUCAUAAAGAACAACACAGCAAGUUGCCGUUGGUAUUAAAGGGGGACAUUUUGCUAAAAUAGCGCA